ACCACUCAGGAGAGCGCUCCAGUGUGCAUGAGGUUUCUUUUUUUAAUUUUUUUUUCAUUCCUCAAACUUAAACAAAGUCCUAAAUGAUGGAGGAGCGUCUAAGGCGCGGGUCCUUCACCAGAUUUAAGAAGCUGAGUCAAGAGAAGCGCGUCGCCCUGGCGCGUCAUUGAACUUGCUGGGCGUCUUUUUUUUGGUUUCCUCCUGGUGCGCCACACACGUCCACGAUGCUUGGGGCGUCCCACUAACAAUGGGCGUGUUGGAGUCUAACUCCAGCGGCAACUUGACCCCGGCAGUGUCCGAGGCGGGCACGGUGCUCCCGGGCUACCUGGCGCUGAUGGUGUCGGUGCUGAUGGUGACACUGGUGGUCACAGUGGUGGCGGGCAAUGCGCUGGUCAUCAUGGCUUUUAUUGUGGAUAAAACCUUGAGAACUCAGAGCAACUACUUCUUUCUCAAUCUGGCCAUAUCUGAUUUCCUAGUGGGUGCCUUCUGCAUCCCGGUGUACAUUCCGUACAACCUGACGGGCAGGUGGAUGCUGGGUAAGGGUCUCUGCAAGGUGUGGCUGGUCAUGGACUACCUGCUCUGCACCGCCUCUGUCUUCAACAUCGUCCUCAUCAGUUAUGACCGCUUCCUGUCGGUCACCAGAGCUGUGAAAUACAGAGCACAGCGCAACAUGACCCGACAGGCUGUGUUGAAGAUGGUGGCCGUGUGGGCACUUGCCUUCCUCCUCUACGGCCCUGCCAUCAUCUUCUGGGAGGCGCUAGUGGGCCAGAGCGUGGUGCCGGCCCACGAGUGCUAUGCUGAAUUCUACUUCACCUGGUACUUCCUCCUCUGCGCCUCCACCUUCGAGUUCUUCACCCCCUUUGUGUCGGUGGCCUUCUUCAACCUGAGCAUCUACUUGAACAUCCAUCGGCGCAACAAGAGCCUGGCGGUCUGCCCCGAGGAUGCCCCCAAGCCACCUAAGAGCUGCAAGAGGCAGCGAGAAGGCGUCGCCUGGUCUGUGUUUUUUGUCAAGACGCGUAAAGUGUCUUGCAGCGAGCCCACUGCCAUAUCUGCCGUCAUCGAGGACGACGAUGUCCUCUCGCCUUCCUCCAGCGGAAACCCCCAGACGAGUCAGGUAGUGGCUCAGAGGGAGAAGCUCUCCCCGGGUAGAAGGAACUCCAGGCUCUUCCAGUCGUCACCAUCCAUGGUGGCGCCGGGCCGCCGGGUGCAAGGAUCUCGCCUCUCUCGAGACAUCAAGGUCGCCAAGUCAUUGGCCGUCAUUGUGUGCACUUUUGGGAUUUGCUGGGCGCCUUACACCCUCUUGAUGAUCAUCCGUGCCGCCUGUAGUGGCACCUGUGUGGCCGACUAUUGGUACGACAUCACGUUCUGGCUGCUGUGGCUCAACUCGGCCAUCAACCCGUUCUUGUACCCGCUGUGCCACAGCAGCUUCCGAAGGGCUUUCUCCAAGAUCCUGUGUCCCAAGAGACAAUCCAUCCAGCCUCAGAUCGAGGUGCAGUCUUGUUAAGACCAUAUGCACUUGUAAACUUGACCAAUGCAAAAACUGACAAACUGUGUAAAAAAAAAAAAAACAAAGAAAAAAAACCUUCUUGUUCUUCCAUCCAAAAAAUAGGAACGCGAGGAUGCUCAAAGCACACUUUGAUGGUAUUAUGUAAUCCAACAAAGAAACAGAAUGGGUGCAUACCUCUGCCAAGGCUGAAAGGAAUCACGUAUUUGCACUACUUAUCUGCUGGACCUGCCAUCAGGUCCAACAGUCUUACAGUGGAACCCCCAAAGGUCAAACAUAUUAUCAUCUAGGACAGAAUUCAGAAUUAAAGGCCAUUUUCCCUCAAUAAAUAAUCAAAUAAUCAUCAUGGUCAAAUGCAUCAAUGGAAUCGAGGGUAAAACUGUCACUAACAUAAGAUUUUUAUGUUAUUAAUUAACUGCACAGGCAGUUUUAAGUAACAUUUCAACAUUUUUAUUUGUUUUAAACGAGCAGAAAAAUAAACACAUUAACACAGACAUAAUUAAAACAAAAUGAAACUACUCACCCUUCGAUGAUGUGGACAUUAAUGUUUAAGGGAGACCUGGUCCGUCCCGCUGCAAGGAGAAAACAGAAAUUACCCACAGUAUAGUAAUACUUCAAAACGCUACAUUGCUUACUCAACUUAGAUGUGAUUUAGAUGCUUAGAUUUACUGCAUCCGCCUGUGAGGUGACGCUCUUCAGAUUGGAUUUUUUCACUUUCUGUGGCAGAGUCACAAAAAAAAACAAAAACCAAAGAAAAUUGCAUACAUUUUGCAUUAUGCUAACAGUUUUACCUCAAUGUUUUUUGUAUAUCUUUAGAUACCACUGUUUCCCAUGCAUACAUUUAUUUAUGAUGGUCUGGCACUAUCCUUUUUCUUCUUACCUCACCACAUAUACGCACAUACCACAACUGACAUGGUCACACGUUAUAACACAUCUGUUAAUAGAGUGACAUAUUCAAUGUAAAAUGAUGUUUGCAUAUUUAAAAGGACCCUGACAUGAUUCAUCAACUUUGCUUAAAGGCAACCUAUUGUGUAAAUUUUCCAGAUUCUGCACUUUAUGCAGUUUUUCAAUGGACUUUCUGCUUCUUACACAAAAAGUUUGUUUAAUUUACUCCACAACCCGUCCUCCUCAAGGUACACCCACUCCGCUGUGAUUGAUCAUACUCCCAAGUGCUCCUGAGGACUUCCAGAUACUUAGGUCCAUGUUUACUGAGUGCAAUCUGCGGCCCAUAUAACGAAGUCCGGUUUGCAUUGAUGUCAGUAGAUAUCAGUGUUAGAAAAAAAACAGUAAAAAAAAUUCUGUUAAACCAAGCGUCCAGAGCCCUCCAAAACGUCUUUCUUUUGCGAAAAUUGCAUUAAUGGUUAAUUGCGCCAACUAUCUCUCGCAGUUCAGCCUCAUUCCCAGAAGUGCCAUCAUCGGAGUAAUAUCUCUCAGGUCAACAAACAUGGCGGUGUACGAGACAGAAGAUGUUUACAGUGAUUAUAGCAGAUUUGAGCGAUGUGUUAAUAGUUUUCAGGGAGGAAGAAACAUUUGGAGAUGAAACAGAGAACUUGCAGAGCAUGAACUUAAGACUAAAGAUGCUGAGGUUGCUCAUGCUUGAAUUAUUGUUUUAGAUUGUUUUCUUGAUGAACGUAAAGGGGUUUGUAUCCUGUUUUAUAGCCUUUAUAUGUGCCCGUACAUCAAGGAUGGAUGUUCGCCGCCAUCGCCCCUGCCACUCCCUCCACAGUAAACAUGUUGCUGUCAAACGAUGUUUACGGAAGAAGAAUAAUGCUUUGCCGCCUUGUAGCUAUGGUGGAAUAGUGUUUAGAAGACAUUAUGUAAACAAGACAUGAUUUACUCUUUGGCGCCAACUUUGUUUAUACUUACCUUCAAGCCAAAUGCUUCUCGUAAUGGUGUUCCUUUAUAGCAGUGGUCAUAAAAUCAUCACUGCAAAGAACAUAACUCGAGGUGAGCGUCCAACUGUCUCGUUCUCUGCACUUGCUUUGUCCAUCGUUUUAUUAAACCUUAUUGGAAAAGAAAACAAUCUUAUAGUAUCACUCAGUAUCUGUCAACAUCCAGCACACAACACAACAUAUUGGCAUGACAACUAUUUUGAUUAAAAAAAAAUAUAUUGAACCAAGUCAACGAUCUACCUUGAGAAGCAUUUGCUUUAAAUGAGGGGUGUUACCCCGAAGACAUCACUUCCAGAAAUGAGGCUGAGCUGUGGGUCUGUCGUGGCUCCCGCCAUGAACUAUAAAUGCCAUAUUUGAAAACAUUCACUUUCACAAAUGGAACAAUGAAGAACAUAAUUGUGUGUGUACUUAUGUGCACUUUGCUUAAACAAUGUACGAUGUUUAAACAAAGUUAAUUAAUCAUGUCAGGGAUCUUUUAAAGGGGACCUAUUAUGCUUUUUCCAUUUUUCUGACCUAUAAAUGUAGUUAGAAUAAUGUAUUCUCAUGUUAAACAAUGCCAAAGUUUCAAAUGAUGAGGUUUGCCCAUUUGGAAGUGAGCCCUGAAAGAAGUUUGAGAUGACUCAAAACGCUUGGAUUCAGAGGGCCAUGUAUAUCUGGAGGUUUGUGAUGUCACACAUAGGCGGGCUUCCUUAUAUGGGCAUGCACUGUAGGCGAGAUACACUCUUUGCCCUCCCCCAAGCUCUGCUUAUGUGUUUAUUCGGGUGUAUGAAUCCCUACCAGCAAAUGAAAAAGAUUUUAAUCUGUCAACGGCAUUUCACACUGGACUGUUUUGUGAACGUGGGCUAGUAUGCCGCUGGACUAGCCGACAAACUGUUGCUGAAGCCUGGCAUCUUUCCAACGUCACUUGGUCGUGUCGGAGAGUCAGAAGAGCAAGCAAUAUACAACAAUCACUGUCCUAACCGUGUUAUUUUGUGUAAGUAAUGGAACAAAAGAGAUUGUCUGUGUAGUAUUAUAGCGUGUGCAUACAGGGAUUGCUAAUAGCCAUUUUCCACCACUAUCAGUGGGUCUUUUUGAAACACUGUGUAUUGAUCACAUUAAAUGUUACUUAUACUGUUACAGAUGCUAAAAUGCUAAAGCUACUUAACAUUGAGAGACAUCUUGAAGUAAUCUCUUUCCUUCUGGAUCGGUUCUGGAUACAACACAAAUGGCUGUUUGUUAAAAGUAGACAUUUUGAAAAGAUAAAUUGCAGUUUAUUAACAACUCAUGUAUGAUUUAUCGACUCCUAUAAAGUUGUAUUCGGCAGUUAUCGGCACAAGACCAGAAGCGGAGUGGGCGUGCCUGGAGACGGGCCGUGGGUGGAAUAAAUUAAAACAUAGAAAUACAGUUGGAAAAGGUGGAACAUCUACAAAGCUUUCUGUGCUGGUUAUCGAGUCCAGAACUCAAUACAAAGGGACGACAAAUUUGCAUAAUAGGUCCCCUUUAAAAUCAGCACACACUUACAUAGGGCCCAGUAAACAUCAUGAAUGUUUUUUUUUAAUCCUCUGUGCAUGCUACGAGGCGCGAUCCCAAAAUUAAACCAGGACCCGUAAGUCAAUGACUUCAUGUUCUGAUGUUAAAGAAUGUGUCCAGUCCACACACAAACACAGUGAUUUUGAAAAUCUCACCCGUGUUUUUCGUCACGGCUAAUUAUUGUUGUCAUUAGAUGAUGCAACCUUACGCCAUACAGUACACACAUUGCAGUCUUGUGGAAACACUGGAUAUGUUUUUUUCUCCAUCAAAAACUGGGUCUUGUACAACUUUAUGCACAUCAAAAUUUUGAGGUUCCACUGUAAUUUAUAUUGUUUUGAAAAAAGCAUUAGAGCAUUAGUUUACACAAGAUUUAUCUAGAAAUCGAGGCUAAAUGUGUAAGAGAGAGAACAAAUAAACACAAGCACCUUGGCAGAGGUAAAAUCGUGGGACUCUGACAGCACACUCAAAGUAAAAAAAAAAAGAAGAUACAAUCGCUGUCGGUGAAAGUGUCUUCAUGAUAUUUGUUGUGGAAAUGCAUGCGAACGUUCACAGACAAUCUCCCUGUGCUUUAAGCCUUCCAACCACUGUGUAUGUCAAAUUAAGUGAUGACAAUAAUUCUGUCUGAGAUGUUUUACAUUUUUAGUAUCCCCAACGGAUGGCACAAUUUGUCUUUGCAGUAUGGAAUACUGCGUGACCCGUAAGGAAAGAACACAUGGGAGCUUGUCACCAGACAGCAAUAUAAUGAUGAAUGUGGAGUGUUAAACACUGAAGAGCUCAAAAGAAAGCGAAUGGCUCAUUUUUUGUUUUCUCAAUAUUGAAUGUCUGUCUUUAUUUCCUUUCAGCCAUAGUGAUGUUUUCUGGUUUGAUGUGAAAAGUUGGCCGAGGUGAAACCCGCCAACACUAAAAAUCUGCACUUAACAAGGCUGUUGUCUCCUUGGCGACGCUCCAAAUGUACAGCACAAUAACAAACGUUACUAGGGGGCAACGUUUUUUUGUACAAAAAAGAAAAUAUAUACCUAUGCUAACUCAAUGUUAAAUAGUUGUGUUCUUUCAAUACAGUACUUAUAAUAUUCGAAGACUUGACUUGUUUCUAACGCCCCCACACAACAGCACUUGACUACUUUGUAACUUGGCGAUGAAUGUGUGUCCGUGUAAGUAGCCAAAGAAAAAAUAAAGACAAGACUGACUACAA